AUGACUACUACGCCCGUGUUGGCUUUGCCCAACUUUGAGAAGCCUUUUGAGGUCUACACCGAUGCUAGUGGUGAGGGAAUAGGGGUUGUUUUGGUACAAGAAAAAAGACCAAUAGGCUUUAUUUCCAAAGCACUUGGUCCUAUGAAGAAGGCUUGGAGUACAUAUACUAGAGAGAUGCUUGCGGUUGUGCAUGCCAUGAAGAUGUGGAGACCUUACUUGUUGGGUAGGAGAUUCACUAUUGUCACGGAUCAACAAGCAUUGAGGCAUUUGUUGCAACAAAAGAUUGUGACACUGAAGCAACAAAAAUUUAUUGUAAAGCUUUUGGGCUUUGAGUAUGAUAUUGUGUAUCAACCGGGGAAGGAAAAUAAAGUUGCGGAUGCUCUUAGUAGAAGAGAUGGAAGUGCACUUUUGUGGCUUGUGCAUGAUGAAGAUGAAGCUCAUUUGAUGGCCUUGAGUGGGGCCGAAUGGAGAAUAUGGGACAAGAUAAGGGAAGCAACAAAGCUAGAUGCAAGAGCUAUAGAGAUUGUGGAGCUUUUAGAAGCUCAAGGGGAUGGAGUCAUCGGGUUCAAGAUAAGAGAUGGCAUAAAGAAGGCCGUAAAGAAACUUAUAGCCGAGUGUGAUGUGUGCCAAAAGUCCAAGUAUGAGACAAGACCUCCAUCUGAGUUGCUACAACCUCUUCCUAUUCCUAACUUGAUUUGGGAAGACUUAAGCAUGGACUUUGUUGAAGGGCUUCCAAUAAGUGGCGGGUUUGAAGUGAUCCUUGUUGUGGUUGAUCGAUUGAGCAAAUAUGGGCACUUCAUCCCUCUUAGUCAUCCAUACACGGCCAAGAGUGUGGUCAAAGCUUUUGUUGAUCAUGUGGUGAAGCUUCAUGGGUUCCCUAAGAGCAUUGUCACGGGUCAGGAUAGAGUAUUCAUGAGCUCCUUUUGGAAGGAGUUGUUUGAGCUCCAAGGGAGCAAGUUGAAGGCAAGUUCAUCUUACCACCCACAAAUCGAUGGCCAAACGGAAGUGGUUAAUAGAACACUUGAGCAAUACUUGAGGUGUUUUUGUCAUGAAGAACAAAAGAAGUGGGGGGAGUACUUGUCUUGGGCCGAAUAUUGGUAUAAUAUUUCAUUUCAUGCUUCCAUACAACGAAGCCCGUUUGAAGUGGUUUAUGGUAGAGCACCACCCACAUUGGUGAAUUAUGAGAAGGGCACGGCCAAAAUGAUGAGGUGGAAAAAGAAUUGA